CCCUUUGGAUUGUAACGAACAGAAAUAAGAAGCAGAAUCAUUGUUUUUCUUUUCAACACGUGUUAUUGCAUUUCUCCAUCCUUUGCGGUAAAAUUAUAACAUAUACCCUAUUAAAUUAAAGUAAAAAGUUUGAAAAAUGGGAAAAUUUCGAUCAAAACUUAAACGUCACACUAAAGGAAAGAACUGGAGUAAGGGACAUUCUUCGACCUCAAAUCCAGAGCAGAUGAAACAUCGCCUUAAAGCCAAAUCAAGAUUCUUUCAGCCCAACAUAAGCCUUGUACCCCAAGAAGAAGUCAAGAAUCCCAAUUCCUUAACAUUGGAGGCUGUUCUAAAGCAUGAACAGCGUUUGGCAUACAAUGCCGAAACUACCACGGUAAAUGAUGUGGCGGGUAGCUUGAAAUCUUUCAGCUUAAACGAUGGAGACGAAGGUGAUGAGCUCAUGUCUGAAUCACAGGGUGGCGGUACAUUUAAGACAUUCAAAACGUUCGCCUCCAACUAUAGCACCUGUAGUAAUAUGAGUUUUAAGAAACUGCUGGUGGGCUUCAGAGCCUCGUCGGAUUUACAUAAAGAAAUGUUGGCCAUAUUAACAGCUCUAACUGAAAUCAUAAAAGAAAGGGGAGGUACUGAGUCUUCGACCGAGUACUUCCUUUUAUUGGUGGAACAAAUUGAAGCUAGCACCGAAGAUAAAGACAUUAUUGCUGGUGUCUCGCUGCUGGGCAUGGGGAUUAAAUCGGUACCCACAGCUGUGUUAAGAAAGCGUUUUAGUGAAACUGCACAGACCUUAAUGUCUUGUUUGCAGCGUUUUAUUGAUUCCUCCAAUCAAACAAUACACAAAUAUAUAAUAGGGUGUUUGUCAGUACUGUUGAGAGCACAGGACUAUAUGACUUGGACUUAUUCAUCAACUUGGCAAUAUAUUGAUGCACUGCUAUCGUUUUGCAUACAUUCGAAGCCUAAGAUACGAAAAGCUGCCCAACAUGCUGUUGUAUCGAUUAUACAUGGCAGCUCUUUCAUGCUGCCGCCCAAGACUACAGAAGGAGAUAAUGGCGAUGGUCAGAUUGCCUCAGUGGUGGAUACUAAUCAACAACAAAUUAAAUCCCAUCCCGCCAGCAGUCGGGUAACCAAAUUCUGCCUGAACCAAUUUAAACCAGAAAUUUUGGCCCAACAACAAACCACCGUCUUGCAUACGUUGUCUUUGUUGAAGGAGACCAUAAGUGGCUUCAAGACCGAUGACAUACGUAACGUGUGUGAACAUUUGCUGUCCAUCAUGACUGCUGCGAAUGUCCUAAUACGUACCAAUUGCUUGCAAACUUUACAUGCGUUGUUUGCUUCUCGCACCAUAAAUUUGAAUGGUCUAAUGUGCGCCAAACUUCUGGCUGCCAUACAUGAGUAUAGACCGGAUCGUUCGGAUUUUAGGCAAACAUUGGCCUGGGUAACUGUGCUCAAGGAGGGCCAUGUUCAUUUGGCAAUACUAGAUUUGAGUUUGUGCAUUAAUGCUUUGCCGCGACUUGUAGAGAUUUUAUGCAAUGACUUGUGGCUAUCUGACAGAACCGACAUUAUUGCAGGUGUUUCCAAUGCCCUGAAAGAGUUGUUGUACGAAUGCGUUAAACCAGCCUGUGUUAAUCAGCAAACUGCUAAUAUUUACAGGGUGGCCAUAACAAAGAUAUUGGCUUCAGUAUACAAAGUUUUAAGUGCCCCAUUUGGGGAUGUGGCCAAAUAUGUGAUUUUAACAUUCUCCAUAGUUUUUGAAGUAUGUGGAGAACAUUUCGCCAAGGAACUGGCUCCCUCAUUGUUGGAAUUAGCCAAACGUUAUGAUACGCAAAGUUCUUUGCGCAUACAAAUAGAGCACAGCAUUAUAGCAGCCAUCAAAGCCAUGGGACCAGAAGUGGUUUUAACAUCCAUACCCCUGACCAAUGCCAAAGGCGAUGUUAUUAUAGAAAAAUCCUGGUUAUUGCCUCUAUUGAGGGAGGGAGCAACAGGAGCCACUUUUAAAUUCUUUAAAGAAGUUAUAUUGGUCUUGGCUUUGGAUUGUAAUGCCAAAUGGCAUAAAUUUGCCGAAGAGAAGGAUGUGCCCAUGGCUCACACCUAUGAGUUGCUGUGCUGUCAGCUAUGGGGUCUCUUGCCUGGUUUUUGCAGAGCACCCAAGGAUCCGGAGAACUUUAGAUUGAUUGCGCCCACUUUGGGCAAUGCGCUCGAUAACAACCCCGAAUUUAGGGCACCCAUUUUCGAUGGUCUCAUCGAACUCAUACAAAACGAGGAGCAGACAGUUAUACAUGAAGCUUUGGCCAAAUACUCGAAAAACUUUUUGCCACGUCUCUUUAAUAUAUACACACAGAAACCUACGGGCACCUAUGAGCAGGAUUUGCGCAAAAAAUCUUUGGAAGUUGUUAAGCUUUACCUAACAAAAACCCCUAGUGAUAUGUUGAAAGAACUUUAUGAUACCGCCUAUAAGCAACUUCAAGGUACAGCAGUGGGCUCAUUUGAAUAUGAUUCGAUAUUUGAUAUUACUGCUGCCCUGACACUAUUCCAAACAUGUGAGGUCAUAAGGGAGUUCUUUGAAAGCUACAUUGUGCCGGUGCUAAUGAAGAAUGAAAAAUCCAAAUUGGUAGCCAGGGAUGAGCAAAAACUAAAGAAGCAACAACGCAAAACCUAUGAAUUAUUGCGUGAUAUCUUGACAUCGGAGGCAGCCUCUUGCCAGAAGUUUGCUCGUAAAAAUCUUAUUGCCCUGCAGAAAUUGUUGCUGGAAGCCUUUUCUACCAGUUGUGCAGUGUGCCAAGCUGCACGUUUGAAAUGCCUGAAAAAUCUUAUAGAAAAUCGCAAAGGUGUCACAUAUUCGGAUAAAAUUGUUAAUAAAACCCUACCCGAAGCCAUACUCAAUUACAAAGAAUUCUCGACACGCAAGGAAAAUAUAUCGGAGGAAUUAUUGAAACUUAUACUAAAUCUCUAUCAGGAAGCCGACAAACUCAAUGAUUUUGUAGAUAUACUAACUGCUGGCUUCACCGGUGACGAAUCGCUCAUAACUAACACAAUAUUGGCUUUCCGCACCGUAUUGCAAUGUCAAGGGAAAAACCUGACUGUCAGUACAUUGGAAUUUGUCAUGGAACAAAUUGCGGUGUUCUUAGUGCAAAAAUCCAGAUCUCAGGCCGAGGCUUCAGUGGCAUUUUUAAUAACCUUCAUUAAAGUUAUGCCUACACCGUUAGUGGCCAAUCAUUUGGAAACAAUAAUGAAGACCCUUUCUGCCAUGGUAAAAGACACAAAACGCUAUUGCCGCAUACAAGUGGGCUAUCUGCUGAAAAAACUUUGUAAACGCUUCAGUGCCGAGGAUUUAAUUAAAUUUGUGCCUGGAGAUGAUGAGGUGACACAUCGUCGCUUAAGAAAAAUUCGUAAACAAUUGAGACGUGAUAAUCGCAAAAAGCAAUCGGAAGAAGCGGGUAAAGACAGUGAUGAUGAAGCCUCAGAAGAAGACUUUGUUAGUGGCUUGGAGAAGAAAAGUGUUACCAUUGAUGACAUUUUGGCUGAUUCAGAUUCAGAUUUACCAGAAGACAUGGAGGAUGAUGAGCAAUCUGCUGGCCAAGAUAAUAAAUCUAAGACGAAAAAGCAACGCAAUACCUUUAUACGUGAAGAUCCCGAAGAUAUUGUGGAUUUGGCUGACAUAAAGUCCAUAGCAAAUGUUUUAACAAACCGCCCUACUGCAGCUUCCGAAAAAACAGGCUCAAAGGCCAAAGCCAAAGAUCCUAAUCGUGGUUUUAAAACCGCUGAAGAUGGUCGCCUUAUAAUAAGUGAUAAAGCGUUGCGUGGUGUCGGCGGUGACAGCGAUUCGAGCAGUGAUUCAAGUAAUGAGGACAUGGAUGAUGAAAUGGACGGUACUAAGGCUGUGAAACGUGGCAUGGAAGAAGACUCUAGCGAUGAGGAAGAACUAGGCGUUACUCCAAAUCGUAAACGAAAGGCUGGUGAUGCUGUUAGCAUGCGUUCCGGCAAGACAAACGCAUCGCGUUACACAACAGGCGGUAAAGGUAUACACAGACCAGUGGGAGCCGCCAGCGAUGCUAUGUCCACAAAAUCCGGUUAUUCAGCUAAAUCUGGAAAGUCACAGGCUGGUACAGAGUAUUCUACCAAAAAAGCCAAGGGUGAUAUGAAAAAGAAAGGCAAAUUGGAUCCAUAUGCUUAUAUACCACUCAGCAGAAACACAUUAAAUAAGAGAAAACGGGCCAAACAUGCGGGCACAUUUAAAAAUAUUGUUAAUGGCGCCCGCAAGGGAGCACUUAAGGGUGUGAAAAGUAAAGUAGCCAAGGCCUACAAGAAAUAAGGGCUGAUAUAUUAUUUAUAUU